GGUUCCAACUGAUGGAAAUGCUGGACUGUUGGCAGAGCCUCAAGUGGCCAUGUUUUGCGGCAAACUGAAUAUGCAUAUGAACGUUCAGAAUGGAAAAUGGGAAUCUGACCCUUCUGGAACCAAGACCUGUAUUGGGACAAAAGAAGGAAUUUUGCAGUAUUGCCAGCAAGUGUACCCUGAACUGCAAAUUACAAAUGUUGUAGAAGCAAACCAACCUGUAACGAUUCAGAACUGGUGCAAGCGAGGACGGAAGCAAUGCAAAAGUCAUCCUCACAUUGUAGUUCCUUACAGGUGCUUAGUUGGAGAGUUUGUGAGUGAUGCUCUGCUUGUGCCAGAUAAGUGCAAGUUCCUUCACCAAGAGAGGAUGGAUAUAUGUGAAACCCAUCUGCAUUGGCACACAGUUGCUAAGGAGUCCUGUAGUGAAAAAGGUAUGAAUCUUCAUGAUUACGGUAUGCUGUUACCCUGUGGAAUUGACAAGUUCCGUGGCGUGGAGUUUGUUUGCUGCCCGGUAGCAGAUGAGAAUGAGAAUGCAGACUCAGCUGACGCUGAAGAAGAUGACUCUGACGUUUGGUGGGGAGGUGCAGAUGCAGACUAUGCAGAUGGCAGUUAUGACAAGGUAGCAGAAGAGCAGUUAACAGAGGAAGAGGAGGUUGCAGAUGUGGAAUAUGAAGUAACAGAUGACGAUGGCUAUGGUGGCAAUGAAGAUGAUGAAGAUGCCCAGGAGAAGUACCAGAAAGCCACUGCAAGAACAACUAGUAUUGCUACCACCACUACCACCACGACAGAGUCUGUGGAAGAGGUUGUACGAGAGGUGUGCUCUGAACAAGCUGAGACCGGUCCCUGCCGAGCAAUGUUCUCCCGCUGGUACUUUGAUGUGACUGAAGGAAAAUGUGCACCAUUCUUUUACGGCGGAUGUGGUGGAAACCGAAACAACUUUGACACUGAGGAAUACUGCAUGGCAGUCUGUGGCAGCGUCAUUCCCACCACAGCGCCCAGCACCCCUGAUGCUGUUGACAAAUACUUGGAGACACCUGGUGAUGAGAAUGAACAUUCCCAUUUCCUAAAAGCAAAAGAGAUGCUUGAAGCCAAGCACCGUGAAAGAAUGUCUCAGGUCAUGAGGGAAUGGGAGGAAGCAGAACAUGAAGCAAAGAAUUUACCAAAGGCUGAUAAAAAGGCUGUCAUCCAGCGUUUCCAAGAGAAAGUGGAAUCACUGGAGCAACAAGCUGCAAAUGAGAGACAGCAGCUAGUGGAGACACAUAUGGCACGAGUUGAAGCCAUGCUCAAUGACCGUCGGCGUGUUGCUCUAGAAAACUAUGUCACAGCCCUGCAGUCUGUUCCUCCCAGGCCUCGGCAUGUGUUUAACAUGCUGAAGAAAUAUGUUCGUGCUGAGCAAAAAGACAGGCAGCACACAAUCAAACACUUCGAGCAUGUCCGGAUGGUGGAUCCAAAGAAAGCUGCCCAGAUCAGGUCUCAGGUUAUGACACACCUACGUGUGAUAUAUGAGCGUAUGAACCAGUCUCUUUCUCUCCUCUACAAAGUGCCAUUAGUUGCUGAAGAGAUCCAAGAUGAAGUUGAUGAACUGCUUCAGAGAGAGCAAAACUACUCUGAUGACGUUUUGGCAAAUAUGAUCAGUGAGCCUAGGAUCAGCUACGGAAAUGAUGCCCUGAUGCCUUCAUUGACAGAAACUAAAACAACCGUUGAACUCCUUCCAGUUGAUGGGGAAUUUGGCCUAGACCUUCAGCCUUGGCAUCCCUUUGCAGUUGAUACUGUCCCAGCCAAUACUGAAAAUGAAGUUGAGCCAGUUGAUGCCCGACCAGCUGCAGACAGAGGACUCACCACUCGACCAGGCUCUGGACUAACCAACGUUAAAACAGAAGAGAUCUCAGAAGUAAAGAUGGAUGCAGAAUUUAGACAUGACUCGGGAUACGUACAUCAUCAGAAACUGGUAUUCUUUGCUGAAGAUGUAGGGUCAAACAAAGGAGCCAUCAUUGGACUAAUGGUGGGAGGUGUUGUCAUCGCAACUGUGAUUGUAAUUACUUUGGUGAUGCUAAGGAAGAAACAGUAUACAUCAAUCCAUCAUGGUGUAGUGGAGGUGGAUGCUGCCGUGACACCAGAGGAACGCCACCUUUCUAAGAUGCAACAAAAUGGAUAUGAAAACCCAACCUACAAGUUCUUUGAACAGAUGCAGAACUAGAACACCACAGCAGCCUCAUGAGUUGGACAUCAAAAAUGAUUGCUUAACUACCCAUUGGUGUUCAGUUAUAGAAAAUUGUGGAAACAAACAAAAAUGAAAAAAAAAACACUUUGUUUUAUUAUUUACUCAUUAUCGCCUUUUGACAGCUGUGCUGUAACACAAGUAGAUGCCUGAACUUGAAUUAAAAAAUCAGUAAUGUAUUCUCUUUACAUUUUGUUCUUUAAACUACAUUAUUAAUGAAUGUUUUUGUGUACUGUAAAGUUUAGCUGUACUUAACUAGUGCAUGAAUAGAUUAUUUCCCAAUUAUUUAUCAUAUAGCUCCUUUAGCCAGUUGUAUAUUAUUCUUGUGAUUUGUGAUGAGAAAAAAAGUCCGAAUUGAAAUAUGCUUUAAGAAUUGAUGGGGGAUGCUUUCUGUGUACGUGGGGUGAGCUGCUUCUCUUUGCUGAGUUUUUUUUCCUUUUUCUGAUCACUAUGCAUUUUAAAGUCAAUAUGACUUUUUUUAGAAAAGUAUUCCAGAUGAGUUGAAAUUAUUUUCCUCUGCAGUUGCAUUUUAUUGUACAGAUUGUUGCUUCUGCUGUACUAGUGAUGUAGAAAUCAUGGGAAUACAUGUUUGUUUCUUUGUGCCUGUUUUAUGUGCACACCUUAGGCAUUAAGGGGUAAACUCUUUUUUCAUGUACCUUUCCAUCUUUAAAAAAAAGAAUCCCUGUUAAUUGUAAGCACUUUUAUAGGGGGGUGGGAAAAAGUGCCUGCUGGUUGAAAAAUUAAUGGGGAUCCUACAAAUGUUUCUGCAGGAUGAUUGUACAGAAUCAUUGCUUAUGAAUUGAUAGCUUUCUACACUGUGUUACAUAAAUAAAUUACAAUUGAGACAACUGGGCAAGAGUUUUAUUUGAAUGGAGAAAUAAGUAUUUUGGAGGUGACUUUUAACAGUGACCUUCAAACUUCACACUUAGAGCUUGGGUGGGUUUUUCCCCCAAGUAAACAUGGAUCAUAGAAAUUCCCAUUUUGAAUGUAGUGGAACAAAAUGGCAGUGGGUGAGAGGGAUGUUUGCUUGGGCAUGCCUUCCCCUCUACAAUGUCUCUUUUUUCAGUUUGUAUAAUAGUGUUUUAAUGUAAAUAAAUACAUUCCUGGAGGA